CGCGGGGCCCGGAGGGGGAAAGGCGGGCUCGUCCCGGGGCCAUGGGCGACGACAUGGACGUGGUGGUCCCCGAGCGGGAGAUGAAGGAUUUUCAGUUCAGAGCACUGAAGAAGGUUAGACUCUUCGACUCCCCCGAUGAAUUGCCGAAAGAACGCUCCAGUCUUCUCGCUGUAUCCAACAAGUAUGGCUUGGUUUUUGCUGGGGGAGCGAGUGGGGUCCGGAUUUUCCGUACCAAAAAUCUUCUCAUUCAGAAUCAACCAGGGAAGGAUCCAAAUAAAAUUGUGGACGAUGUUGAAGGCACACUGAUUCCGAUGAAGUUUCCGGUGCACCACUUGGCGCUGAGCUGUGAUAAUCUCACCCUGUCCGUCUGCAUGAUGUCCAGCGAAUUUGGCUCUCUCAUCGCCUUCUUCGACGUCCGCACGUUCUGGAACGAGGCCAAGCAGCAGAAGCGCCCGUUUGCCCAUCACAAACUAGUGAGAGACGCGGGCGGGAUGGUGAUCGACAUGAAAUGGAACCCUACGGUCCCCUCCAUGGCGGCGGUGUGUCUGGCCGACGGCAGUAUCUCCGUCCUCGAAGUCACAGACACGGUGAAGGUGUGGGCGUCCUGCCCGUCGUCUGGGGCAGUUACGUCCGUGUGCUGGAGCCCAAAAGGAAAACAGCUGGCCGUAGGGAAGCAGAAUGGCACCGUUGUCCAGUAUCUACCUUCCUUGCAAGAGAAGAAAGUAAUUCCCUGUCCUCCGUUUUAUGAGGCAGACAAUCCGGUUAGAGUUCUGGAUGUGCUAUGGAUCGGUACUUACGUGUUCACGAUCGUGUAUGCGGCUGGAGACGGGACCCUGGAAACGCCACCCGAAGUGGUGCUGGCUGUUUUGCCUAAAAAAGAGGAGAAACGUCCAGAGAUGUUUGUGAACUUCAUGGAACCCUGCUAUGGCAGCUGCACGGAGAGACAACAUCAUUACUUCCUCAAUUAUAUUGAAGAAUGGGAUCUGGUGCUGGCAGCGUCGGCGGCUUCAACGGAAGUCAGCAUCCUCGCUCGACAGAGCGAUCAGACAACCUGGGAGUCUUGGCUUCUAGAAGACUCCAGCCGAGCAGAAUUGCCUGUGACAGAUAAGAGCGAUGACUCCUUACCUGUGGGCGUUGCCGUAGAUUACACCAGCCAAGUGGAAAUCCCCAUCAGUGAUGAAAAGACCCUUCCUCCCGCUCCAGUUCUCAUGUUGCUUUCAACAGAUGGUGUAUUAUGCCCAUUUUAUAUGAUCAAUCAAAACCCUGGGGUCCGUUGCCUCAUGAGGAUCCCAGAACCACUGCCAGUGGAAGGAGAGCGACAGCCCAGAUCACCAGGAAGUACAACCACAACGCCGACCUCCUCUCAGUCUUCUCUGAAGCCUGAAACUUCACCGGCUCUAGCUUCGGUUCCCGUCCCACCCUUAUCUCUUGUUUCUUCCACGCCCUCCUCUUCCUCCUGUCUUCCUCCGGCCACCGGAACCGCUGCCACCUUCACCUUCGCCUCUUCGACCUUGAAGUCAGGCAGCUCGAUGUCUGGCGAUCCCCCUCCGUACCCCUUCGCGUCAGACAGCACCAAGACAGCCCUGGGGUCCGUUUUAACCGGAGCCGCCGGAUUUUCUUUCGCCCCUCCUACAUCCAAGGCUCCGGUCCCCUCAGCCGCUCCCAUGGCAACGACUGCCUCCUCCUCCUCCUUCUCUUUUGGAGCUACUAGUUUUAAACCCACGCUGGAAAGCACCCCGGUGGCUAAUGUGUCUACCCCCAACGUGGGACUGAAGCAGCCUUUCCCACCUUCCGCUUCUGCCGUCAGCGUAAACCUUAGUGACAAGUUUGCCGCUGUGGAGGCGUCUACUGCCGUUGCCAACGCCCAGAGCAGCCCCUCAGUGUUGACGCUUUCCACCGCCUCAAAGUCGGCCCCGGGGGGUCCAGUCAGCCAUGGCACCCCUCUGACAGCUGCAGGGGUGCGCUCUGCUCAGAGCGGUCCUGUCACCUCAAUGGUACAGAAAGCUGCCAGAAUUACCCCUCCAUCUACAAAGCCAACUUCCACUCAGGGUAGAUCACCUCAACCUCCCGUUGCCACGGAAAAGCAAGUACAUCAGUGGAAGGAGUCAGAUCCAGUCAUGGCUGGAAUCAGAGAGGAGAUUGCUCACUUCCAGAAGGAGAUGGAAGAGCUGAAAACCCGAACUUCCAAAGCCUGCUUCCAGGUGGGAACUCCUGAGGAGAUGAAGCUGCUGCGGACGGAAUCGGACGACCUGCACACUUUCCUCUUGGAAAUCAAAGAGACCACGGAGUCCCUUCAUGGAGAUAUCAGCACCCUGAAGACCACGUUGCUGGAGGGGUUUGCGGGGGUAGAAGAGGCAAGAGAACAGAAUGAAAGGAACUGCGACUCUGGCUAUCUGCUUUUACUCUAUAAGAGACCUCUCGAUCCCAAGAGUGAGGCCCAGCUUCAGGAAAUUCGGCGCUUGCAUCAGUACGUGAAGUUUGCAGUCCAAGAUGUGAAUGAUGUUCUAGAUUUGGAGUGGGACCGAUAUCUGGAACAGAAAAAGAAGCAAAAACGCCUGCUCGUUCCAGAGCGAGAGACACUGUUCAAUACCCUGGCCAACAACCGGGAAAUCAUCAACCAGCAGAGGAAGCGGCUGAAUCAUCUAGUGGACAGUCUACAGCAGCUCCGCCUUUACAACCAAACUUCUCAGUGGAGCAUCCUGGGUGACACCUCCCCUCCCCACGGCAGCGCUCAGAGCUUUGACAGUGACCUCGAGAGCCUACGCAACAUUUUGCUGAAAACCACCUUGGACUCUCACACCAGGUCCCUGCCCAAAGCCCCAGCGAAACUGUCGUCCGUGAAACAGGCACAGCUGAGAAAUUUCUUGGCCAAGAGAAAGACACCGCCAGUCAGAUCCACUGCUCCAGCCAGUCUCUCCCGGUCAGCCUUCCUUUCUCAGAGGUAUUUUGAAGAUUUGGAUGAAGUAAGCUCCACAUCCUCCAUUUCCCAGUCCCUGGAAAACGAGGAUUCCCAGUCCUUGGACCAAGAUGAGGAAGUUCCUCCAGCGCCCAUCUCCCGCCAUGCUCCAGUGGUUCGCACUUCCUCCAUCCAACCCAGUCUGUUGACCCAGGCUCCCCCCUUUGCCAAACCCCACCCACCACUGAGCGCUUCUCUUAGUCUGAUGGGAGCUUUAACGCCUGCAUCUGCCAGCAAAAUUCCACAAGGGGCUGACAGCACGAUGCUGGCCACCAAAACGGUCAAACACGGGGCACCUGGUCCCUCGGUCACCAUCUCUGCCCCACAAGCAGCCGCCGCUGCAGCCCUGAGGCGACAGAUGGCCAACCAGCCUCCAGCUGUGAGCACCUCCUUGACUGAAUCAACUCUGAAGAACGUUCCUCAGGUGGUAAACGUGCAAGAAUUGAAGAGCAGCACCCAAACCCCGACGGCAGUGAUAGGAUCAUCAGUACCACACUCUGCAGCCAAAGUGAUCCACCAGGUGUUGGCUACAGUGGCUACAAACCAAGCUAAGCAGGGACCGUUAAUUAACUACCUGAAGCCUCAGCCCCCAUCUGGACCGGCAGGAACAUCAGGUAACACGAAGAUAGAUACAUCUGUGACCACUACCGCUUCUGCUGCUGGAUCAUUCAACAAGCCUUUCUCUUUCACUUCAGGAACCGGCUUUAAUUUUGGUGCCAUCACAUCAGCCACGGUUCCACCUCCCACCUUCACCGCCUCUCAAGUGACAGCACCCCCCGCGAAAGAGUCAAGCCAGCAUGACGCUUUCUCGUUUGGGGGAAGCGCAAAGCCUUUGUUUGAGAAUGUUCCUGAGGGUUCCUUAACCUCUGGGGCCAUGCCGGCAGCCAGCGCCACAGGAGGUGCCUUUAACUCUCCCGGCGGGGAGACACCUAAUAACAAACCGGCGGCCAGUGCCACCGUUGCCCCUUCACCGGUGACCGGCAAGCCAGAAGCCCCACCGUCCAAGCUGGGCGAGCAUCUCUUUCAGAGUUCUGUGGCCGGGGAGACACUGGGGAGCUUCUCGGGACUGAGGGUGGGGCAAGCAGACGAUAGCCCAAAGGCGACCGGUAAGGCCCCGGCCGUGAACUUGGCCGGUUCCCAGCCGGCCAAGACGUCGAGCGUACCCUCUGGAUUUAGCUUCGGUAGCAUGCCGCAGUUAGGGAAGCACGCAGAGCCCCCCGUGACCUCCGCCACGACCCCCGGCCCGGCGUCCUUGUCCGUCAGCCCGAGUGCCAGCGGUUCCUCCGGGGGUUUGUUUGGCAGCGUCCAGUUCACCAGCGUGGGGGCCUCCGGGGGGCUUAAUCUCGGAGGGGCUGCUUUGAGUGGCAACAAGCCCGCAUUUUCAUUUGGUAUCCAACAGACUGGCAGCACCACCCCCACGCCCAUGCCCACCCCCGCCCUCCUCCCACCGUCUUCCUCCACGCUGUCAUUCGGAAACCUCUUGAGCUUAGCGUCCACUCCCACCCUCCCCACGGCCUCGGGCAAAAGCGAGGCCGAGGGCAAGUUGCCGUCCUUGCCCGAGAAACCGAGUGACUGUGAAGCGCCAGCCCCGGAACCGUCCCUUCCAGCUCAGCAGUCGGCUCAACCAGCGCAACCUUCCGAUGUGGGCAAAGAGGAGCCGACCCGAUCCCAGCCUGCACUUGGCGACUCCAGCACCCCGACGUCUAGCUCGGCCGUGGCGGGGCCCGCGGCGGAGGCCGGUCCAGGAACCCCGGCGCUUGCCGACGCGAAGACGGAGGCGGCUCCUCCCGCCGUGUCCACCUCUCCGGCCCCGGAGCAGAGCGCGGCAACGGCCAGCGCGACCGCUUCGCCCCUCGCCCCGACUGCAGAAGCUACGGAGGCCUCCACGUCCUCCAGCGCUGUCUCCUCGUCCACCCAGAGCCCCGCUGUGGAGACCUCUGCAUUUGCGGCGACUUCGUCGGGUCCGUCCGUGUUCUCGCAGGCCUCCGGGGCCAGCCCUCCUGGCUCCGCCUUCGGUCAGCCAGCCGGCGACACAACCGCGGCCCCUCCUACCGUCCCCGCGUUUGACCAGCCGGCAGCGACCACCGCCUCCACCCCAGCUGCCGGCACAGGGUUCGGGAGCCCAGCGUUCGGCACCGCGACCACCGGGGGUUUCGGGCAGUCGGCCUUCGGACAGACCCCGGCGUUCGGUCAGCCGGCGAGCGGCUCUGCUAGUGGUUUUUCGUUUACCCAGAAUGCUUUUGGCUCGGUACCUGCCUUCGGCCAACCCGCCACGUCCACCCCGGCGUCGAGCAGCGGAAACGUCUUCGGUCCCUCCUCGAGCUCCAGCAGCGCCAGUUCCUUCUCUUUUGGACAAACGUCUGCCGGCAGCGGAGGCGGUCUCUUUGGGCAAAGCAAUCCUCCUACGUUCGGGCAGAGCGCCGGCUUCGGACAGGGGGCCUCCGUGUUCGGCAGUUCAGCCGCCGCCACCACCACUGCCUCAUCCUCUGGGUUCAGCUUUUGUCAGGCUUCAGGUUUUGGAUCCAGCAACACAGGUUCUGUGUUCGGACAAACAGCCAGCACCGGAGGCACAGUCUUCGGCCAGUCCUCCUCUUCCACCGGCGGCUUAUUUGGGUCUGGAAACACGGGAAGAGGGGGUGGUUUCUUCAGCGGUCUCGGAGGGAAACCCAGCCAGGACGCGGCCAACAAAAACCCAUUCAGUUCAGCCAGUGGCGCAUUUGGAUCUACAACCACCUCAAAUUCUUCUAAUCUGUUUGGAAACAGCGGGGCCAAGACCUUCGGAUUUGGCAGCUCAUCGUUUGGGGAGCAGAAACCCACCGGCACUUUCAGCUCCGGAGGCGGGAGCGUGGCAGCCCAGGGCUUUGGCUUCUCGAGUCCCUCCAAGACAGGUGGCUUCGGUGCUGCUCCAGUGUUCGGCAGCCCUCCGACUUUUGGGGGAUCCCCUGGGUUUGGAGGGGUGCCAGCAUUCGGUUCAGCCCCAGCCUUUACAAGCCCUCUGGGCUCGACGGGAGGCAAAGUGUUCGGCGAGGGUACCGAAGCCGCCAACGCCGGAGGAUUCGGGUUUGGCAGUAGCAGCAACACCACAUCAUUUGGCACCUUGGCAAGUCAGAACGCCCCCACAUUCGGAUCCCUGUCCCAGCAGACUCCCGGUUUCGGAACCCAGAACAGUGGAUUCACCAGCUUUGGGUCGAGCGGAACAGGGUUUGGCUUUGGAUCAUCCAAUUCGUCUGCCCCAGGAUUUGGCGGUUGGAGAAGCUGAAGAGAUGAACCCGUUUCCCUCGGUUCCCGUAGUUGUCGGCAUUCUCAGAUCCUCUUCCACCUCAAAUAUCAUAUCGGCCCUUUUUAAUGUACAUUUCCUCCUCUUUUCCCUUUUUAAAGUUGGCGAGUGC